AUGGUACCCAACACCCGCCUCUCUUCUCUUACCUCGAAAUGGGCAAUUGGGUUGGUCGUCUUGCCACUGGUCAUCCCGGCCACCUACCUGCUCUACCUCGAUCGCGCAGUCUCAAAACAGUUCAAGACGGCAACUGGCAUCCGGAACCGGAGGAAAGCCACCAGAGCCCUCCCAGCUGAGAUAUCCAGACCGAAGUCCUUGCCCCCAGAAGUUGACUCGGAUGACUCGGAAUGGGUCCUCGCCUGCGAGCGUGUCGUCUCGAUGCCCGUACGACCGCGCUGCCUGCUGUACGGCGAGCCGAAGACAGAAGUGUCGGGCAUCUUGACGACGUACAUCCGCGCAAGCAUGACCGCCUUCAGCUGGACACCGCAGGCGUUUAUCCUGUGGGCAUCAGCCGGUGAUAGUGCGGCGAGGGAGACAUUCCGUGCGCAGUUCAUCCGGAACCUGGAGUUCCGCCACGGCGACCGAGUGAACGGGUUUUGGCGCGUCAUAUAUCGCGGGACUGCAGCGAUGCAUGGCGAUUGUGGUGAGCGUCUGGAAAUGGCGCUGGAUCCCCCGACCAAUUAUCGAGGCCCGGUCGUCAGGGGCUUGAUUGUGGCUGCGGUGGAGGAGCAGAGUGACGGGAGCAUCGUGGUUGUCAAUGAGACGUGGAUGUGGAGGAAGCAGAGUGAAAGUCCGCUGUUGUUAGAACGUGGUGUCGGUCAAUGGCUGCACGUUCUGUUGUCCGAGUGGCUUGUGAUGAAGGGUGUGAGAGCUGUGGUGGAGAGGUCAAAAUAA